GUUCAGCGGCAGAGCGGAGCGGACAGCACCAUGACCGAGCCCGGCAGCAACACCUACGACGUGAUAGUCGUCGGCGGAGGGAUAUCAGGUUUGAGUGCAGCGAAGCUGCUGAAAGCCAACGGACUGAGUCCUGUAGUCCUGGAGGCCAGGGAUCGGGUCGGUGGUCGCACCUUCACCGUGCGGAAUAAGGAGACAAAGUGGGUAGACCUGGGCGGAGCUUACAUCGGACCAACUCAGAACCGCAUCCUCCGAUUGGCCAAAGAGUACGGCAUUCAGACCUACAAAGUCAACGAGCAGGAGAGCCUGGUGCAUUAUGUCAACGGAAAGUCUUACCCGUUCAAAGGCUCCUUCCCUCCCAUGUGGAACCCCAUCGUCUUGUUGGACUUCAACAACCUGUGGAGGACAAUGGACGAGAUGGGCCGGGAGAUUCCCAGAGAGGCCCCCUGGAGAGCUCCCCAUGCAGAGGAGUGGGACAACAUGACCAUGAAGGAGCUCUUUGAGAAAAUCUGCUGGACCAGUACUGUUCGCCGCUUCGCCAAGCUGUUUGUCAACGUCAACGUGACCUCCGAACCCCACGAGGUGUCGGCUCUAUGGUUCCUCUGGUACGUGAAGCAGUGCGGAGGAACCAUGAGGAUCUUCUCCACCACUAACGGAGGACAGGAGAGGAAGUUUGUGGGCGGCUCCAGUCAGAUCAGCGAGUGCAUGGCCAGGGAGCUGGGAGAGCGAGUAAAGCUGCAGUCUCCGGUCUACAAGAUCGACCAGAGCGGGGACAUGGUCGUCGUGGAGACGCUGGACAAACUGACCUACACAGCCAAGUACGUGAUCGUGGCCACCCCUCCCGCCCUGAACCUGAAGAUGCACUUUAACCCCGAGCUGCCGCCGCUGAGGAACCAGCUGAUCAACCGCGUCCCCAUGGGCUCCGUCAUCAAGUGCAUGGUCUACUACAAAGAGAACUUCUGGAGGAAAAAGGGUUACUGUGGCAGCAUGGUGAUUGAGGAGGAGGGCGCUCCCAUCGGCCUGACACUGGAUGACACGAAGCCGGAUGGGACUGUACCCUGCAUUAUGGGAUUCAUCCUCGCCCGCAAGUGCAGAAAGCUAUCAGGGCUGACCAAAGAGGAGAGGUUGAAGAUGAUCUGUGAGAUCUACUCCAGAGUGCUGGGCUCAGAAGAGGCUCUGCAUCCGGUGCACUAUGAGGAGAAGAACUGGUGUGAAGAGGAGUACUCCGGUGGCUGCUACACGGCCUAUUUCCCUCCAGGAAUCCUUACUCAGUUUGGAAAGGUGCUGAGGGAGCCAGUCGGCAAGUUGUACUUUGCCGGCACGGAGACUUCCACAGAGUGGAGCGGCUACAUGGAGGGGGCCGUGCAGGCUGGAGAGAGGGCCGCCAGAGAGGUUUUGUGUGCGAUGAAUAAAAUCCACCAGAGUCAGGUCUGGCAGACGGAGCCCGCGUCUAUGGAAGUCCCAGCGCGCCCGUUUGCCACCAGCUUCUGGGAGAGAAAUCUGCCUUCAGUCGGCGGCCUCUUCAAGUUGGUGGGAUUCUCCACCGUCCUGUCUGCUGCCACGGCAGCCGGCGUGGUGGCCUACAAGAAGGGCCUCCUGUCCCGGAGUUAAACCGCCCGCACGCAUCAUCUCACUCCUCUGCGUCUCAAGGGGACGACCAUCUCUACAGACACUGUGCUCUAUCGUACUUGUAGUGCACUACUUCACGGCCCAAAACUACAAAGUAGUGAACCACAUCAGGUGUUGUUCUGCUCACACAAAACACUAAAGUCUGUUUGAGAGAGAGAGAGAGAGAGAGAGAGAGAGAGAGAGAGAGAGAGAGAGAGAGAGAGAGAGAGAGAGUGUCAUGGGCCGAGCACACGUCCAGAGAUGCUAGUUAGAGAGGAGUGAAGAACUUCAGUUUAAAUUGACUCUGAGAUUCAGAUUGUGAAAACCAAUGAAGGAAAAAAGAGCAGAAUCAGUUAAAUAUAUACAUACAUAUAUAUAUAUAUCGCUAUUAAUAUUCCAUACAUUGCCAAUGACGUACACAUUCUUGAUUACGUGUGUGUGUUUGUGUGUGGGCUUGUAUAACUAUAUUCGUGGGGUCCAAAAACCGGGAGUCCAGUAUAC